AAAAGACAUAAUUGCUGAAUAAACUAAUCACAAGUAUCCAAUAAUCAUUAACAAAGGUGUUUCAUAAACAGUUACUACGCCGUUAGGGUCACAACCAAGCAAAUGGUUAACUAUUAGCAACAGUUUAUCCUUUGUUAAUCAAUUACCAUUUAUCAUCAUUUGAAUCAACUUUCACUUGAUUUGCCCUUUUCUUUGCCCUCUUUGGAUCUUGGUUAUCUUUUGAUUGUUGUCAGCCCUUUUCUUUCAUCAAUCAUUGUUUCAGUUAGUCUGUAAAUCUGUGUGUUAAAUCUUCAACUACCUCAUAAAUCAUGAUCUGGCGUUAUAUCUUUCUUAUUGGACUUUACUGGUCAAUUGUUGAUUAUGUUUCAAGUGCUGCUCUUUCAGAGCCAAUGAUGGUCAAUGGUGAAAACAUUGAAGAAACAUCAUCACCCGUUGCAACUGAUUGGAAAAGGAUCGCCGAUUGUUUUAAACGUAAACUUGGACCCAAAUCAGACCGUGAAACUGAAGUUCGUUGUGCUGGCCGUGAAAUGGUUGCCGUCUUUGCUACAAUGCGUUCAACUUCGUGUAAAAAUUGUCAUCUGUACUUUCACUGUUUGGCUAAUUACAAUGCUAUUUACAAUUGCGGUCAAGCCGCUCGAGCUUUGAAUGCAGUUGAAGCAGUUGGUGCUUGUCAUGAUUUUGAUGAAGAAAGAGAUGAAUUUGAAGCUAGUAAACAUGGACGAAGUGGUGGUGAUUGUGCUGCCAGAUAUCUUUGCUCAGCCAACUGUAAUUACAAUCCAGCUAGUGCAACUUGUUCACGGGUUAAUUGUCGCACACGAUGAGAAAUCGGUGGAUAAAGAUGGUGAAAGCUGGUCAUGAUGAUGGUGGUCAUCAGGCUGGAGGUGGUGAGACGGCAAUAGUAACCAAAACAUAAAAAUAAAAAGCAAAAAAAAAGCUCUUUUCUCCUAUUUCUUUACACAUUUUUAAUUUUCUUCUUCCACUGGAAACAAAAUCAGCAUGGGAAAGGUGUAAAACAUUUGACUUGUCCAACCAAAAUGUCCAAUGUAAAUAUCAAUCUACCUCUUGUUUAACCAAUUAACACACCUUUACUACAAUAAUAAUCAACUAAUCAACCAAAAAGAGAGAAAAAUGAAACAUUUGAAUUUUUUUUGGUCGCUCAUCUAACUUAUUUCUCUGUUUGUAUCAAUGGAAACACACAUUUUUAUCGUGAAUAAAAAAUGAUGAUCAAUGAUUAUCAAUGGUUAUCAAUUCAAUAUUGA